AUGCCUUCUUCACCGCUUUCAAGCCUCCCCCAGACGCCCUCUGCACCCGGUUCUCCCGCGGUUGCACCAGAUGCCGCGUGUCGCUAUCCCUCGCCGUCGUCCACCGCCGUGUCUGGAACGCAAUCCCCCAUCAAGCUGGCGGAACCCGCCGACGACUGUUCACCACCCGCCAAAAAGAGGAGAACCACCCCUCGCGAGCGGAUUACCACGUACCUCGACUUGAUGAAGCCCCAUGAGGAAUUCUCCCGCGAGGACAACUUUCACAUGGAAAGGCUGCUCUCGGCUCUCCGCAAGAAGAAGAAGAUUGUCGUUGUGGCUGGGGCAGGCAUUUCCGUCUCGGCUGGCAUCCCGGACUUCCGCUCCGCAACUGGCCUUUUCGCGACGCAGCGUAGUCAGCACAAGGUCAAGGCUUCGGGGAAGCAUCUUUUUGACGCAUCCGUCUACAAGCAUGAAUCAUCCACCACGUCCUUCCACACCAUGGUGCGCGAGAUGAGCGAGAUGAGCAAAAAGGCCCAGCCUACGCCAUUCCACCAUUUGCUGGCGUCGCUGGCCCAAGAGGGCCGCCUGUUGCGGCUUUAUUCUCAAAACAUUGACUGCAUUGACACGUCCAUGAAGCCGCUGCAAACCCAGACCCCCCUGGAACCGAAAGCUCCAUGGCCGACUACUAUUCAACUGCAUGGAAGUCUCGACAAAAUGGUCUGCACAAAGUGUGCUGAUAUCCAGCCCUUUCAGAGUGACUUGUUUGACGGGCCCGAGGCUCCCCUGUGUGAAUCCUGCAGAAAUCUCGACGAGGUGCGCACGGCCCAUGCCGGGAAGAGAAGCCAUGGCAUUGGACGGUUGAGGCCUCGGUUCGUCCUCUACAACGAAUUCAACCCCGACGAAGAAGCCAUCGGCAACAUCAUGCGCGCCGACUUGAGAGCUAGACCAGAUGCCGUCUUGGUGGUGGGCACAACUCUCAAGGUGCCCGGUACGCGACGGCUCGUCAAGGAGAUGUGCCAGGUCACCCGGGGCCGCAAGGACGGGCUUACGGCAUGGAUCAACAUCGAUUCGGAGCCCAAGGUUCCUGAUUUCAAGGACAGCUGGGAUCUCGUGGUCAAGUCCAAGUGCGACAACAUUGCCAGACUAGCAGCCCUCCCGCCGUGGGAUUGCGAGAUUGGCGAUAGCUAUCUCGUCUCCAACGAGGAGGAGCGAGAAAUGUCAGCGACGCCUCCGACAAAGCUUGAAGUGUUGCUAGACGGCAAGCCGAGGCAACACGACGAUGUUCAGGCCAUUCCGACCCCACAAGCGAGCCCACCACCACCACCUAGGAGGAAGCCGCUUCCCAUGUCGAAACAGACGAGCACUUCCUUGGACAAGGAACCAAAGCUCACCAAGUCGGGCAAGAUUGGCAAACGUCCCGGCCGGAAGCCGAAGCAGCCUGCGAAAACGGAACCUCGGCCUCCAAACCCAUUCAUGAAGGCUUUCAAGCCUUCCAAGAAAUUGUCCGAUGCCGACUCGGGGAAGAAGGUUGGAACUUGUUUUGCACCUGCAGAUGGAAAACCGCCCACAAAACAGUCGCGGACGGGCUUGCCAUCCUCGUCGUCUCGCUUUGCUGACAAGACAUCACUCGAAAUCACAGUGAGGGUCAUGGCUCCCGAAUCUCCUCCAACCCCUACCACGCCGGAGCAUCAACAGCGGGAGACUAUUUCACCAACAUCCAUACCUAAUAACAUGCUCAACCUGAUUGAUGUCGCUUAA